AAAGCGCGUUAAACAUGAGAGAAAGCGUGUUUUAAAUGACCCGCCACUAUGGUUGAACGUGACGUUGAUGGGCAUCUUUAAUUCAGUCAGAAUGAGACCAUUUAUUAUUCAUUCCUUAAAUCUGCUGGUCUCAACCCUGACAGGAGAUGGAGCCUUCUACCUGAAGCACAGAAGUGUGACUAAACUGCAAAAAUAGAGGAAACCCGUGAGGAAGAAUACUUUUAUUACUGCACCAUAUCUAUGUAAAAGCAUCAGGCGGACCUCUGGCUCUACCAUUGUUGAAUUUGAAGCGUGCCCCGCCCAGCAAAACAAUCACUGGCCUUCUUCCUGUGGUAUCUGAUUCAUGUUGCGUUGUUCCAUUCAGAAGCAGAGUAACAAAUGGGAUCAGAUCUGGGAUCUGUUCCUGAGGUGUUAUCUGAGUAUCCGCCUGCUGCGGCAGUCUGGUCGGUUUCGUGUGGAUUUGGUUGUCAGAUGUCCUUCAGCUCUGGUUUGCGGGGACACUUCCUGCAGGGCCGUUACUGGGACUGGAAACGCAGAAAGAGUUUUGACUUUUGUGGAUGUAAAUGUGCCCCCGUACCAAGCAGCAGCAGGUUAAAUCUGAGUGUAACUUGAUACGCAUUCUCCCCAUUCAGAUUUUUAUUUAUUUAUUUUUUAGAUCUCUGCUUAUAGGUGUUUGGGUUGGGGAUUAAACAUGUUCUGAGUGGGUUAAACAUUUUGUAAUUUACCAAAACUGCUAAUUAAAGCAGCAUUUAAGGAAGAUAGAAGCAGACUUUAACCGGUUUAUUGGCAAUCCAGAUUCAUCAGGAUUAGACUGCCUGAAAACGAUAAAGUUUAAUAAAUGUGACAAAUAUUUCAACGUAUCCUUGGUGAACCCGAGCAAAAAGAACAGCGACCAGGAUGUAGGAGCAGCCUGUGGAAGUCCAACCCAGGACAGCUGUCCUCAUGAUCGCUGGAGGAUCUUUACUUUGUACCAUAGCUCGAUGUUUCAGAACGGACUGUAUCUGUCGUCUCCUCAGUUUGAUGUAAAUCUAACAGGAACGGUGCAGCACGCAGUUCUGUGCGCCCUGCGGAUUUUGCGCACAUAACAGAGGCAAAAGAUGGCAAUCGCGCUUUUUUUUGUGUGUGUGACAUUUUCCUCGUUUUGGACAGAAAGGAGGAGACCAAAGACCGUAAUCGGUAUCUUAUCCUUUUGUGACGAGGGUUAAUCCCACCGGCGCUACGUUUUAUGGCCAUGAUGAGCCAAAGCGGUCUUGCAGUUUUCCUGGCAGCGCGCCUGUGAGUCGGCUCGUCUGUCCGCCCCAGACUAGGCGCAUCAGCGAUCCGUGAACACACUACAAAUGGCUCCUGGGAGGAAAACAGUUUGAGGGGAGAGAAGAAAAAAAAAGCUCGCUGCUGAGAGCAGAUCACCAGGAAGACUAAGAAGGCUGCGCGGUCUGACUUUUGGCACAACAAAACGCAGCGAUGCAGCGGCGGCUCUGCGUCCUGGUGCUGCUGGUGCUGCUGGUGCCAGGCUGGGCGGCAGAGGCGGCCAGGGUUCGGGAGAAAGCCACCAGGACCCGGCCUUGUCUGGACCUGCCGGAGGAGAUUUUGGAGCAGAUGUUCGGACGGCUGUCGGUGGGCGUGAUGAGCGCCUUCCACCAUGCCCUGCAGCUGGAGCCCCGGGCCAAACUCAACCUCACCUGCCCGACCGCAGCACCGAGCCCGGCCGACAGCAAGACCCGCCUCCCGGUCAACCUGCGGAGCAUCUCCCCCUGGGCUUACAGGCUCUCGUACGACCCCAACAGAUAUCCCCGCUACAUCCCUGAGGCCUACUGCCUGUGUAAGGGCUGCCUGAGCGGGCCGUACGGGAAGGAGAGCCAGCGGUACCGCAGCACCCCGGUCUACGCUCCAUCCGUCAUCCUGAGGAGAACCGGCCCCUGCGUGGGUGGACGCCACUCUUACUCUGAGAUCUACGUCUCUGUGGCCGUGGGAUGCACCUGUGUGCCAGUGAUGGAGAAGGAACGAGAGGGCCAGAGCAGCAACAAGAGCCUAGAGGCAGGAAAGCCCAAAAGUAGACAGAUGUUCUCUGCUGGGAAGAGAGCCUGAAGGAGGAAGGACUCGGGGAACGUCAGACCUUUGACAUUACGGAUACGGUGCUUCUUUUCCACCGCAAAAUAUAACACACCUUGGAUUUUAACCUGAACUCUUGGAUUUGAGAAAUACAGCCUGGAUUCUGAGUAAAGGGACUGAAAACAUGCAAUCGAAAAAUAUAUAUAUCGUAUAAUGAUUAGAGCUAUGCCUGGGUCUUCUCUGUUUUAGCUCUUAUAACCUGCUUUUGCUUAACGUAAGGGGGAAACACACCUCAGACAUUUGAGACCACAUCAUCCUUCUACAAGAUGUGUAACCCAUCAGUGUAAGCUCCAUCUGAACGGCCCGAUCAAUGCUGCCAUCUAGUGGCGGAAAAAGUAGCCACAGCUCAGUUACUCCGCUUCAUUUAACCUGAUGAAAACACCAGCGCCCGUAUUCACACAUAUUCCUAAAGCUAGCAGGAGCUCUUAGUUACUGAAGCCCGACGUUGACUUAUUUUGUCCCUUUUCUGUUUUGAAAUACCGAUCAUCUCGCAGAUUCCUUCUAAGCAAAAAGGCAUAAAGGGGCUAAAUCUCCGUUUCCCCAUCAAGCUUCAUUCAAAUGUCCAUGAAACUCGAUGAUCGUGCCAUAAAACUCUAUCUCGUGAUCUCGUAAGAACGAGAACCUUAUCUCGUUUUAACGAGAUUAUUUAUCACGUCAGGGAGUUAAACGCUCCCGUGCUCCUUGUAUUCUUUUUAUUUAUUAUUUUACUUCUUUUCUGUCUCGGAUUUGCAUAGUUAGUUCACAUAAUGUAAAAGUUAUGGUACCUAUUAUGUAUAUUACAUUUGCUUGAGAAAAAAAAUAAAUAAAGA